AGCACCGCCGCGCUAGCCGGGAGGGCGCCCGGCGCGUCGCAGGGAUGGAGGGCGCCGUGCUCAGCGGGACGCAGGUAUCUUACAUUGGUCAAGACUGCAGCAAAAUUCCAGAAUUCCUUGGGAGAAAAUAUGGAUCUAUUGCAAAAAGACUCGAUCUAAGCUUCAACUUGUUAAGGUCACUGGAAGGACUGGAGACAUUUAGCGGCUUGGAAGAGCUCAUCUUGGACAACAAUCUCCUCGGAAACGACCUCCGGUUACCCGGGUUACCACACCUCCAUACCCUGAUGCUCAACAAGAACCAGAUAACAGAAUUGGAGAGUUUGCUGGACCACUUGGCUGAGGCUGUACCGUCCCUGGAGUACCUCAGUUUGCUGGGGAACACGGCGUGCCCAAAUGAACUGGUCUGCAAAGACAAGGAUGAAGGCGACUACCAACGGUACAGGUAUUUUGUGCUGCACAAAUUAACCAACUUGAAGUUUCUGGAUUCUCGGAAAGUGAGCAGGAGUGAACACGAGGAAGCUAUUUUGCGGGGUGCUUUUAUGAAAGUGGUGAAGCCCAAAGAGACCAAGGCCUCAGCCAAGGGCUCCAACAUGCCUCCUCAAGGGCAGUAUACACCGUUGCCAUCUGGAUCCAGAGAGCUCACCAGCCACAGAGGUGUUCUCGGGAAAUGCCGCUACGUCUAUUACGGGAAGCACUCAGAAGGCAACCGAUUCAUCCGCGACGACCAGCUCUGAGCCCAGCCGUGCGUCGGCAGGGCCCUCCACGCCGCACAUGCGCAGAAGCACACCAACGGAUGCAACGGCUUGAACGGGAAAAGAAAAAGCGUGCGGCGCCAGAGUCCUCCAGUGCUUUCCGCUGACUUUGCCAGACCUGUCAAAACCAUCCUUCUGCGUUAGCCUGAGCAGUCACAUAGCAACUGACAGGAUUCCCUCUAAGCAGGUCCCGUCCACCAGUGUGACGGACAGCUGCAGCAAAGCACCAGGCCUGACAGGAGGAACACCGUGAUGGAUUGCCUGGCCCUCUGCAGCUCGCGGAAGAACAGAGGUCACACCUGAGGCCUCACUGAGCAUGCUCAGCUGCUCUUAGCCAAGCGACACUUCUUUUAUCUUCGGCUUGCCUGUCAAGUGAGAAAGCUGCAUGUUUAUCCAAAAAGGAAGGCACAGGGCUGCAUGUGAGAGUUUCACAACGCAUCACCUCCCGGUCUCUUCUUAUUUUCCUCAGGAAUUAAGUGCCUAAUGUGGACACACACACAGUCAGUGCAUCACAUGGUGUGGUUUUGGGGUGCUGGUGGUGUUUCGCUCUAGGGCGGGAUAACAAAAACUGCCUGGACUGUGAUUUAAUGUUUAGCGCUGGGGAGGGGAUUACCUGAUAAAAUUUAGGCGCAUUGGUACCUGUUAUUGACUUAUCACCCAGGCCUGAAUUCUGUUGUUUUUGCAGGGAUUAGGGUUAGAAGUAAAAAUGCAAGAAAUGCAAAGAACGUAAGAACAGAAGGGAUGAUGCUGAUGCACAAGACUAAUUUUGGGAAGGGACAUAAAACACUCAAAUUGCUCUUUUGGAAAUCAAGGCCACAUAGAUUUGAUAGUAUGCCCUAAAGCCAGCCUUCCCAUCACUGUGUCCCCCAAAUAGGCUGGACUAGUUUCUUAGAUUUGUAGCCUAACACAUCAGGUGGAUACCUGGUUGAAGAAGGAUCCCGUAAGCAGCAUCAGUUCCUUUUAUAUUACUGACUACCAAUCUGCAUCCAAAUGAAGUGCAUGCGGCUUCUUGCCCAUUGCCAGGUAAAGCUGGCCUCUUUUGGAAGCCUCCUGAGAAAAGACCGCAUGGACUGCAUGUUUGGAGGGAGUUGGCUGUACUCUUAAAUAUGAAACCCGUUUGUGCUCGUGUUGGUGAAAGCCAUUGCCUCCUAAGGGCCUUCUGUGCAAACUGAGGUGGGGGUCUCUGGCCUGAUGUAGCCAUUAUUAGGCUAGGGGGGGUGCCAUUCAAAGCAUGAGCCCCAGACCUCCUACUCUUGAUGACCCUGCAAAAUUUAGUAAUGUGAAACAUGACAUUAUGCCCUAACCUUGUGCUCUGAAUUUCCCCACUCAACUCUGUUUGUUGCUGCUUGCAGAGAAGCAUGAAGAGCUUUGCAUGGAUGCUACCAGAGGGCAGGGCAGGGCAGGGGAGGAGCCUGGUAUUUUCCGUGGCAGCUUUGCAUCUACUGUAAGAUAGUGAUAUGACCUCAGUUUUCUUCCUAGGUUGAGGCUGUGCAUGCGAUGUGGAAAAGCAGACAAUGCGUUCUUUUAUCUGUACCUUACUGUCUCUCUCUAUAUUUUUAAAGUUUGCAUAUACCUGAGCCAGUGCCGUCAAUGCCGCUUCCCAGAGUGGCCUUCUGUGGUGCAAUCCCCUCCAGAAGUGAGGAAGGGAGAGGCAAUAUUAAGUGGGUCCAGUAACUCGAUUCCGAUUUGCAGGGCUGGGAACUGGAGUGUGGGCGUGCGCCUGCAGCACUAACGCUUCCAAGCAAGCUUUGGGGGAAAGUUUAGUCACUCCCUUGAAAGAACCACAAGCCGAGCUGACUCACAUUUGACUGGCUCUUGUGAAGCAUAAAUGCAUCCUUUGACCAUGGCAGUGGAGUUCGAAGUAGGGUGUGUGGAAUAACCUUGUGUCACAUUCAGCCUGGCUGUAUCUCUCUCCUUCAGUCCAGUUAGAUCUCUCUCCUUGUCUAUAUCAAGGGCUUUUUAACCCUGCCUCAAACAAUCAAAAUGUGCUUGCAAACUGACCACUGACUUUUGCAUUUUUCCUUGCUUCCUUUCCCGAUUGAUUUUUUUUAAAUGUCAAAACCAUAUGCAUCAUUCUCAAGAAUGAUUUUCCCCCUUUGGUGGCAAAAGUAUUUUGGGAAUGAAUUGUGGACAUUGCUGGUAUUAAUCUAAUUUGUUCUGAGGUUUGUUUCUUGCAAUGUCACAUGUAGCAACUUUAAUUAAAAUCAGCAUAAUUAUCCAGCUCUUCAACUAGACAGUUUGGCAUAUGUAUUUUUUGCUCUAACAAUUUAAAAAUUUCAUAUCUAUCAACAGUGCCGCGCAAUAAAACAACACACAAAGAUUGUGUUAUUGUUGCUCACUUGUAGUAAUAACUGAAUAACUUUCAGGGUGCAGCAAGCAUGCCAUUUCAGGUGUUUCCCCCACAUGCCGCCCCGAGGCUCAUCCGAUGGGGUGGCAUAUAAGUUGCCUGCCUGCCUGCCUGCCUGCCUGCCUGCCUAAAUAAAUAAAUAAAUAAAUAAAUAAAUAAAUCCUUUUAUCUUCCUGAAAUACUAAAAUUAAAGUUGGAUUUAACUCCUUAAGAACCUGGACUUCUAGAAAGCUAUUGCUAUGUUCUCUUACCCCUCUGUGUUUGGAAAGUUUUAAACUUGCUUUUUAAAGUGCAAAACAUCCUCUGGGAAGAGAAAUGUCACUCUCUGAAACAGAAGGACGGGUGUGAGGACUUGGCGGCUACCUCUGUUCCCCACAGCCGGGAUCCAUCUCCCCUUCCACAGCCUCAGGGACUGACACUGAGGGAGUAAAGCACGGUGGGUACCACGAGCAACGCAAUAUGCACAACCGACUUAGCAGCUCAAAGCACCGUACCAUUCCUAAUGCUAUCAAGAGCGCAGCAAAGUGUAUUGUUUUGAAAAGUGGUAUCAUAGGGUCGUUUAUAAAUAUUGCUGAGUUAUUGCAACUUGCUUCGGUGGACAGUAUGGUCAGAUCAGCAGAUAAUUAGACUGGAAAGUAAAUACUGGGAGGAAUUCUACAAAUUCCCUUAUAUUUCUGUAAAUGAAACUGUCUGGACUGGCAUUGCACUGAGGCAAUAGCACUUUCUAUUGCCGAAAUUGUGCAGGUGGCAAGCAGUGUUUCAGACACUGGCCUUCAAGUCCCCAUUGAAUUAUACAUUUCUGUCAGGGAAUUAGCAUUUGGUGACUUCUGAAUAUGUUUCUUUCCAGUUUAUCCACAAUUUUCCCUUGGAGAAAUGCUCUCCAUUUCCUGUUGGUUCCCUUUUGCGUAGUUCGUGUGCUCCUGUGAUGAGGGGCGAGGGGAACAUUUCUGACACUUAUAUGGCUUGUGAAAGAGUGGCAGUGUUUAUAGCUUUGCUUCUCUGUGAAACUGUCACUUCCUCUGUUCUUGUAGAUUCAGCAGGCCCAAAGAGAAUUAUUCUUAGAUUGUGUUCCCAUGACCUCUGCAUAACCAAUUAUACCAAGUCUCUCAGGAACAGCCAGUGGAAUAAUUCUAGCAGGCAGUUUGUCUGAUUCAAAACCAUGCUUGGGGACUAAGUCAUUAAUAACAUGAAAUUGGUUAAAUAUAAAUAAUUAGCUCUAUGGACUUACAAAAGUCAGAUCUAUAUUCCACCCCAUAUUCCAAAUGGUGCAUUCAAAUACUUUUUUUAAAGGGAAAGUUAAAAAGGACCAAGGUGGAGAGAAUCCAGGCAAGCAAGUCUAGAUCUGGAGAGCUUGCCAAUGGGGGCCAAAGAUGGCGCCAGGAAAACUGCUUAAGAUGGAAUGCUGUGGAUGGAAUGAGCUGUUGCAAAGCUCUUCCCAGGGCAAAUCCGCCUCCUGUGAGCCCCUGUGCCAAGUGGUCAGAUCCAAGUGGACUCCCAUGGCCCUCAAAGGGCCAGUUAGGAUGUUACUCUCUCAGACUGCAAGCUCCCAGUAAUAGCUGGGAGCUGUUUGGUAGAUGGGAAGAAUCAGACAUCCCCUCCACAGAUGGAGUCUUCCUUGUCCCAAAGCAAGGACAAGCUCUCUAGCUGAUCGGGUAGGAAGGGGUCCAUGAGACAGUGUUUGCAGCGUUCCUCUGGGUGGAGGACCCAGGCCUGGACACACCUGCAGCAGAAUUGGGCCAUAGAAUCAUGAGGCUCAGGGAUGGGGCUGCCCUGCUUUAUGGGGUAGUGUGAAUGUGAUUUUCUAAAUGUUCCUUGUGUGUGCUUGUUAUACUCCAUACACCCUAAAGUAUAAGGCUGGAAAACCAGAAUCAAAAUGCUAACAGAAGCCCCUGCAGCCAAUGCAAAUAAAAACUGUCAAUAGCAACCUUUAUUAACAAAGAACAGAUGUGAUACUUACAUGAGCAGGCAACAGAGGAAUUUACUAAUUCUUUUGAACGUAUUUAUGUGCCUGACUAAUUAGACUUAAAUAAAUAACUAAUACCUUGGCAAUGCAAAGAUAAAAAAAGGAGAAAUUAACCAUACAAAAAUUAAUCUAAUUAUUACUUUAAAGAUAAAGUUCCUGGAUUAGGUGGUUUGAUUUUAGAUUUUUAUAAAACAAAGAGUGAGUACAAAUACUAAAUGGUUUGUUUGAUGAUAUAAUUAAUUCAUUGAAAGUUAUCAUUGAUAAC